GUGUGGCUUUUCAUUGUCCUCGUUGAGUAACAGCCUGUUUGCACGCUAUUCCAGGAAAGAGCCGAACCUCCCUCCGCACCCACACGCGAACAGCAGGACAAACAAGCAGUAAAAGAAUAUUUCUCAUAGAGAGGAACAUAACAAGUCGUAUUCUGACUUUAGUUCCUAGCUUGUUUAGUUUGAUAAGUUUCCAUCGUUGUUUUGGUGUUUUAUUUUGGGCAGAGGUUGUUAGAUUAAAAGGGAGGGAGUGUAACAGCCAUCUGAUCCUAUUUCCUCUCUGAGUUGGAAGUUUGGAGCUGUGUGGGAGUGAGUGGACGGCCUCCGAAACAGAUUGUAAAACUUUUAAGAAAUUUCUCAACGUCGUUUUUUUCCCUCUGAGUUUUGAAUUAAAAGCAAGUUGGUCUGGGCUGUGUUUUGAGAUUUGUAGACCAUGACGACCAUCAACACAGCAAACAUCAACUUCAAAUGGGAUCCAAAGAGUCUGGAGAUCAGGACUCUGGCUGUGGAGCGGCUGCUGGAGCCCCUUGUCACUCAGGUCACCACCCUGGUGAACUCCAGCAAUAAGGGUCCCUCCAACAAGAAAAAGGGCCGCUCUAAGAAGGCACAUGUGCUGGCUGCCUCGGUGGAGCAAGCCACAAACCACUUCCUGGAGAAGGGGGAUAAGAUCGCCAAGGAGAGCCAGUUUCUCAAGGAGGAGCUCAUUGCUGCCGUGGAGGAUGUGCGCAAGCAGGGAGAAGCGAUGAAGACUGCCUCUGGGGAGUUUGCAGAUGACCCCUGUUCGUCAAUGAAGAGAGGGAAUAUGGUGCGAGCCGCCCGCGCCCUGCUGUCUGCUGUCACUCACCUUCUCGUCCUGGCAGACAUGGCUGACGUCUACAAGCUUCUGGUGCAGCUCAAGCUGGUGGAGGAGAGUCUUGUAAAGUUCCGCAAUGCCGGCACGGAGCAGGAGCUCGGGAUACAGUACAAGGCGCUGAAACCUGAAGUAGAUAAACUCAGCUUGAUGGCUGCCAAGAGACAACAGGAGCUGAAAGACGUGCACCACAAAGACCAGAUGGCAGCUGCCCGUGGGGUUUUGCAGAGAAACAUCCCCAUGCUGUACAUCGCCUCCCAAGCCUGCCUGCAGCACCCUGACGUGGCCGCUUACAAAGCUAACCGGGACCUGAUCUACAAGCAACUCCAGCACGCUGUCUCUGGGAUCUCCAACGCAGCUCAGGCCACUGCCUCUGAGGACUCCGCCCUGUCUCAGCCCGGGGGAGGUGGGGAGCUGGCCUACGCCCUCAACAACUUUGAUAAACAAAUCAUUGUGGAUCCCCUGAAUUUCAGCGAGGAGCGUUUCAGGCCCUCCCUGGAAGAGCGUCUGGAGAGCAUCAUUAGUGGCGCAGCGCUGAUGGCUGACUCGUCCUGCACACGUGAUGACCGCCGGGAGCGCAUUGUGGCAGAGUGCAACGCCGUGCGACAGGCCUUGCAGGAUCUGCUGUCCGAGUACAUGGGCAAUACGGGCAGGAAAGAGAAGAGUGAUGCUCUCAACACAGCCAUCGACAAGAUGACCAAGAAGACCAGGGAUCUGCGUCGACAGCUGCGCAAAGCGGUCAUGGACCAUGUUUCAGACUCUUUCCUGGAGACCAACGUUCCCCUGUUGGUCCUUAUUGAAGCUGCCAAGAAUGGCAAUGAAAAGGAGGUGAAGGAAUAUGCCCAAGUGUUUCGUGAACAUGCCAACAAGCUAAUUGAGGUCGCUAACCUCGCUUGUUCCAUCUCCAACAAUGAGGAAGGUGUGAAACUGGUCCGUAUGGCAGCCUCUCAGCUGGAGGCUCUCUGUCCUCAGGUGAUUAAUGCCGCUCUGGCUCUUGCUGCCAAGCCCAACAGUAAGGUGGCACAGGACAACAUGGAUCUCUUCAAAGAACAGUGGGAGAAGCAAGUGCAUGUGCUCACUGAUGCCGUUGAUGACAUCACUUCCAUUGACGAUUUCCUCUGCGUGUCUGAGAACCACAUCUUGGAGGAUGUGAACAAGUGUGUGAUCGCGCUGCAGGAGAAGGACGUGGAUGGGCUGGAUCGCACGGCUGGGGCCAUCCGGGGCCGUGCUGCCAGGGUAGUCCACGUUGUCACCUCUGAGAUGGACAACUACGAGCCUGGUGUCUACACAGAGAAGGUUAUAGAAGCCACGAAACUGCUCACCAAUACAGUGAUGCCCCGUUUCAGUGAACAGGUGGAGGCUGCGGUGGAAGCCCUGAGUGGUAAUCCCUCUCAGAUACUGGAUGAGAACGAGUUCAUUGAUGCCUCGCGCCUUGUGUACGAUGGAGUACGGGACAUCCGGAAAGCAGUGCUCAUGAUCAGGACCCCAGAAGAACUGGACGACUCUGACUUUGAAACGGAGGACUUUGAUAUCAGGAGCAGGACUAGCGUCCAGACGGAGGAUGACCAACUCAUUGCCGGCCAGAGUGCCAGGGCUAUCAUGGCUCAGCUUCCCCAAGAGCAGAAAGCCAAGAUCGCCGAACAGGUGGCCAGUUUCCAGGAGGAGAAGAGCAAAUUGGAUGCCGAGGUGUCCAAGUGGGAUGACAGCGGCAAUGACAUCAUCGUGCUGGCCAAGGAGAUGUGCAUGAUCAUGAUGGAGAUGACAGACUUCACCAGGGGUAAAGGGCCACUGAAGAACACGUCUGAUGUAAUUAGUGCUGCCAAGAAGAUUGCUGAAGCUGGUUCAAGGAUGGACAAGUUGGGUCGUACCAUUGCUGACCGUUGCCCGGACUCCGCCUGCAAACAGGAUCUGCUGGCAUACCUACAGCGUAUCGCCCUCUACUGCCAUCAGCUGAACAUUUGCAGUAAAGUCAAGGCUGAGGUGCAGAACCUUGGAGGAGAGUUGGUUGUGUCUGGGGUGGACAGUGCCAUGUCUCUGAUUCAGGCGGCCAAAAACUUGAUGAAUGCUGUCGUUCAGACAGUGAAGGCCUCUUACGUGGCUUCCACCAAGUACCAGAAGUCCGUGGGCAUGAAGUCCCUGAACCUGCCUGCUGUCUCCUGGAAGAUGAAGGCACCUGAGAAGAAGCCUCUGGUCAAACGUGAGAAACCUGACGAGAAAACUACUAUGGUCAAGAGGGCGUCUCAGAAGAAAAACGUCAAUGUGGUGCAAGCCCUCAGCGAGUUCAAAGCUAUGGAUAGUAUUUAAUAGCCUGGGAUGAAGGGAAAUGCUUGAUGUGUUGGCGGACAGGAGUGGAAAAUAUAUAGAGAUCAAUUGAACUGGCCUUUCAGAGUGUUUAAGUGAGAGAGGUUUCUUAUUUUGUUUGCAGCAAUUGUACGCCACUAGCAAACCAUUUAGUCUUGUGUGCAUUUUUGCAAUUCCUGUGCGUCGUUUUCUUAAUACUUUUAUUUAGUUUGACACUCAACUGUUCACCAUUGUUUUGAUUUGUCAGGGAAAACCAUAGCUCAAGCAAUUAUGUAUUUCUUAAUGUCUGCAGUUGGACAGUUUUAAAUUCCAGCGUAAUUCCAGCAACAUUAAGUAUUAAUGCGCUUACUUGUUCUGUCUGUUUUGGCACACUGUUUAGAUGAUGCAAGCACUAUUUCUAUUAUAGCUUGCUCCAGUUUUAUAUAUAUAUUUUUUUUAACUGUAAUCUUAAGGGUAUAUGGGGAUGUUAGACUUGAUCACCAUAGUGUUCUGUGUUUAAUUCCAGUGGUCGCAGCCUCUACACCCCAUUACAUGAUUAAUAAUCCAACCAUUUUCAUUUAAGGUUUUCUCUGAAAGGUUCCAGUACAUAAGAGUAAAGGUGUUGCUCAAGUGUGUUUGUAGGAGAGGGCUAUUUAGUUUAAUUUCAAACUGGAACCAAAGACACUAUUUUCAAAAGUAGAGUGAACAGAUUAUUAUGUAGCCAAGGUUCCGUUUUAGAGGCGUUCAAGAUGUGAAUACAAUCACUUUCCAUACUAACAGCGCUGUGCUGUAGUAAUUCAUUCAUUCCCACAAGAGGUGAGACCAUCAAACUGCAAAAGAUAUUUUGUGACUACGCAUUUCAACACUACGUUUUAAAUAAAUAAAAAUUGAUAUCCAAUGCUGUACGUGUUUUGAACUCUCCUGAAGUCCUUGCAGUUUUGCACUGCAGUGCUUUUAAUGCAUCAUCCUUUUCGGUAUGCAUUUUGCAAAAAUUAUCAAUCAUGAAGUCUGUAGCUUCAAUUUCUGUUAACACAAAAGGGCUUUGGCGAAGUUGGCCUUUUAAAGCAUUCUAGUUGAAAGUACAGUGCAAAGUUGAGCGAUGCAAGAUUUGGUUGCAUUUUGGAGUCCCUGAUAACAUUUUAAAAAGAUGGGUACAAUUGCUUAAACAAGUCUCCUUUUGAUGAACCCUGGCAAUUAACAUUCAACUGAGGCAACGUGCUAUGCAGUGAUAGAUGCUGGCGUUGAAAAGUUUGUUUUGCUUCAUAUUUUAAAGUGACAGUAACUAGACUUCACAGAAUUGUGUAACCACAGUUCCAUUUAAAUACUUUUAAUUUAACACAUUAUAAAUCAGUUGCCUAUUAAAUGUUAAGCAAUAGUAAAACCAUAUUUUAAAAUAGUUUUUAGUCUAGGAUUUUGAGAUGUGGAAAGGGGAGUGGUUUUGAAUGGUUACAACAGCUUCAAUGCCUUUAUCUGUUUUAAACCUCUUGAAUUCUCACCUCUUGAACAGAGAAUCCUGUAGCGCUAAGUAUAAAUAUAUAUAAAAUAUAUAUUCUUGUAGUGUCAAUUUUUCAAAAUCUGCAAUGAGUUUUACUACUUUUUUGUUAUUGCAAAGUUGAUUAAAUGUAUUUCUGUUCCUGCUUCCAGACAAAAGAAUAAAGUUUUGUUUUUCCUGAA